AUGGAGGCUUAUACUAGCGCAAUAUCGCAUCCUAUUGCCAUUGCUCCAGCGCCGGCAAGAGUUCCCUCUACUGAGCCUGACAAUGGCCAGGACCCCGAUUCGACCACAAAGCGUUUUAAUUGUCAAACUUGCGUGCGCAAAAAGGUCAAAUGCGAUAAGGCUGUGCCGGUAUGCGCGAGUUGUAGGAAAGGCAGGCUCCAGUGUAUCUACCAGACACCACCGCCGCGAAAGCGGAAGCGUACCAAUCUUGAAGAUGUGCAUGAGCGUUUAGCACGAUACGAGCGCAUUUUGCAGGAGAAUGAUCUCUUGCCCACAGCUCUUGGAUCACCUGCGUCCAGCAACACACGGACACGGGAUCCAACGCCAGCUCCAACUGCUAGUCAACUUGCUGCAGCACCUAAAGUUGGCAAACUUCUUUCCACUGAUGGCAAAUCCCGCUAUAUUGACAAUGUUCUUCUACUUGAUGCGGGAGAAGGCGACUUGUGCGAACUGUCUGAUUCCGAUCAAGAUGUCUGCAACGAAGACAACACCAGACCUGGCCAGAGUGGCUCAGCGAAUUUAGGCUUCUUAGCGGGAGAUACUGUUGCUCAAGCCAUGCUUGGAGGCAGCAAGAACCUCAUCGAAUACCAUCCCAGCCAUGAGGAAGCCAUGAAGCUCUGGGAUGCCUACGUGCAAAAUGUCGACCCUCUUUGCAAAGUACUUCAUGUUCCGACAGUAGCGAAAAUGGUCCAAACAGUGUCAAAACAACCCACUAUAGCUUCAAAGGGCGAUGAAUGUCUUCUCUUUGCGAUCUAUUAUUUUGCUGUUUUUUCUAUGGCAGAUGUUGAAUGCAUACAGGUGUUCAACAAGACUAGGCAUGAGUUGACUUCUAAAUAUCAGGACGCCGUUCGCCAGGCACUUGCCAAUGCGGCGUGGCUAAAGACUACGGCUAUGCCUGUACUCCAGGCUUAUAUCUUGUUCCUCAUUGCCAUACGUACUCAAGUCGAUCCUCAGACAUUUUGGAUAUUGACCGGAAUUGCGGUCCGCCUCGCACAACGAAUGGGCCUCCAUCGUGAUGGAGAAAACCUUGGAUUGCCUCCUUUCGAGGUUCAAAUGCGCCGGCGGCUCUUUUGGCAACUCCUCCCACUUGACGGCUAUGCAGGCCAGGUUUCCGGGACAGGCAUUUCCAUAUCUCCAAGUAGCUGGGAUACCAAGCAACCGCUGAAUAUCAAUGAUGAUCAGAUUUACCCUGGUAUGGCGGAGCAGCCUGAAGAGCAAAGAGGUGCCUCAGAAAUGAUAUUCUGUUUGACAAGGAUAGAAUUAUCUAAUUUCUACACUCGAACUGGUGUAAAAAUGAAGGAUGUUGGCGCUACAAUCCAAUUUAGAGGGGCAGAAGAUAUCGAGAGGCUUAUAGACGAAGUUGAAGGUCUUAUCGAAAUGAAGUAUCUGCGAUACUGUGAUAUCCUGAAUCCCUUGCAUAUUUUAACCCUCGGAAUAGUACGGUCUGCUAUUAAUGCCGUCCGACUGCGUAACCGGAUGCCGCCACUAAUAAAACAAACCAUCAGCGAUUGUCAAAGGAGAGAUCUCUGCACUCUUGCACAAAAGAUCCUCGAUACAGACAGCGCCAUCUACGGCAACCCAAACAUGAAAAAGUUUCAGUGGCAAAUGAAAGCCUUUUUCCUAUGGGACGCACUUCUAUGUAUCCUAUUUAGCCUUGCAAAACCGGGGUUCUUUUCUACAUCAGAGCUUAAAACUACUUGGAGCAAGAUAGAAGAAGUUUAUUCAAAUCAUGAAGAGCUUGUUAAGGGUAAACGCGCCCUGCACUUUACAAUCGGUAAAGUGACGUUGAAAGCCUGGCUUGCCAAUCCGCCAGGUGAUUCUAUGCCAGAGCCAGAUUUCAUAACCACGCUACGCACCCAACUGGCGCCAAAAGUCAGCAGGGCCCAAGAGACCGUCAGCGAACCUGGGAGCAACGAUAGUGUUGUGGACGACAUACCAUCAUUUGAUGGGCUUUUUGGAAGCGUCGAUGGGGCAGACCUAAAUCUCAACAAUAACUUUAGCCUCAGCUCGUCGGAUUGGAUGUUUUGGGAUCAAUUGGGUCUAGGAGCAAAUCCAAGUUGA